UAAUUGUGUAGAAACAGGUUAUGCCAAUAAAAAUUUAUCUAUAAAUGAUGGUAUGUAUGUAUUUAAAAAUCAAGCUUGUUCAUCAACAUGUCGUUAUUUACAGUUCAUAUUUUUCUUACUCUUUUUGCUCUAUCGGCUGGAGGGGGAAAGCAAAGGGAAACACCUGGUUUAUACCAAGGAGAUAUACAAUUGACACCUGAACAAUGGGAAAGUUUACAGAGUAACAACAGUCCGUUUGGCUCAAUAAAAAAUAGACGAUGGCCAAACGCAAAAAUUCCUUAUACUUUUGAAAGUUCUAUAGGGGAAAAUGGCAGACAAGCAAUAAAAGAAGCAAUUGAUGAUUAUCACAGGUUUACAUGUUUAAGGUUUACUCCUUGGAAUGGAGAGAAAAACUACAUAUCUUUCUUUUAUGGUCAAGGAUGUAAUUCGCCAGUUGGAAUGUGGGACAAAAACAGAAUUUCUCUUGGCGAAGGUUGUUUGACCAAAGGCACUGCUCUUCAUGAAAUCGGACACAGUUUAGGAUUGGAACAUGAGCAAUGUCGUCCUGAUCGUGACCGAUAUGUUAAUAUUCAUUAUGAAAAUAUUGAAGAAGAUUGGGUGUUUGCUUUUAAUAUUUCAAAAAAUGUUGACUCCCUUGGUACUGAAUACGAUCUUUAUUCAAUGAUGCAUUAUAGCUCCAAUUCUUUUACAAAAGUGUGGAAUAAAAAGACAAUAACAACAAAAGAUCCAUCAAAGCAAAAACUCCUCGAUAAUUUUGGCAGAAUAUUUGGUUUAAGUGGCACUGAUGUGAAGCAAAUUAACAAGAUGUAUUCUUGUGGAGAAAAAAUUCCUAGUACACUAAAACCAACAACAUGCACAAAGGACAAUGACUGGAGCUGUCAGUUUUGGACAAACCAAGGCUAUUGCUUGUCAGGCGAUCUUUUUCAGAGAGCAAGAAUGCACGAAAUGUGUUGCAAGUCUUGUAAAGACAAAUGCGGAAAAUGUGGAUUGUAAAGGAAACAAGAUUUUAUAAGAAAACAACAUUAUAAGAAAGAUAUUUAUAAUAAUAUAAAUAAUAUAUACAUA